AUGGAUAAACUAAAGCAAAAUUAGGAAUCACAAGACUUAUCUUAGCUAAUAGAUCUACUAGAUAGUAUCUAGAAAUUGAGCUUAUAAAGUGCAAAUUUACUUGAUCCAUUUUAAUAAAGUGUCAUAGACUCUCUAAAAAAAAUUAAGGAAGCAGAAUUAGCUAUUAAAAAAAAGAAUGAUGUGUUUGACUUACCUAGUUUAGUCUACAAUUAAAAAAUUGAUGCUAGAAUUGUAAAUAACCUAUUCAUAGAAUUCUAAAAUUAGGACAAAAAUGAUGUAUUUAGACUAAUAUUUACUUCAUUUGCUUUGAAUUUACCUUUUGAUUCGAUAUAAGAUGACUCACCCUUCAAUUCAUAAAAUAUGAAUGAAAAGUUAGAAUAUGUGGAAUAGAUUUUAUUCUAAAAAGAACCUAUUAAAAUUUAAAUAGAAGAUAAAUUUAUUACAUCAGAACAAGCUAAAUAAGUUGUAAUGUAAAUAAUUAGAGAGCUAGCUUAAGAAUCUAAAACCAAAAACUUUUUGUCAUUAUGCUAUAGCUUGAUAAAAAAGAUCUAAAAUAAAAUCAAUGAUUUGUGUGUAGUAGCUCUAAUGAGAUCAAUUAUUUUUAACGCAAAAGAAGAUAGCACGCCUCCUUAUCUUGAACUAUUGGAUAUUUUUUCUGAACUUAAUUCUAAACCUUGUAUUUAGGAUUAGAAAGAAUUUUGGUGGAAAGUGUGUAAUGCUUUUUCCUGUUAUAUUUAUUUAGGAUAAGAAAACUAAAGUCCUAAGAAAUUAGGAUAUCCUGCAAUUCCUGAUGGAUAACUUUAACUCCCAGAUAUGUUACUAAUUAAGUAAAAUAAUUAAUUGAAAUACAUAAUUAAUGAGAAUUUCAAACCUGUUUAUAUAAAAAAAAAUAAAAACAAAUGA